AUGACAACCUGUUAUAACCCAAUUUCUGUUGCAGCAGUGCCCCGAGCUAGCUGCAAGGAUUGCGAGCUCGAGGAGGCCAGCACUGCCAGGGAGAUCCUGGAAAACCUCUGUGCCGGUGAUUUUGCGGUGAAAAUUAGGAUCUUCAGGAAGAACACAACCACAACCAUCUCCGACUUCGACCUGGACCCCUCCCGGGUGGAGGUCCUGAAGCACGGCCCCCUCCUCCGAAGCGAAAUCCCCGCCAGGCUCCAGCAGUGGCUGGACAUAGACGCCACCUGCGCCCACAACAUCAUGAGAGGCACGCACGCAGGGGUCUUCGUCGUAAGUGGAGAAGCGCAGAGCGACAAAGUCGUGGUGAACAAGGCCUACGCCUGGCACAAGAACAGGAACCUGCACCAGGCGGUGCGGAGGUGGAAACAUCACCGCUGCCCAGAACAGCCCGGCAGGAAGGUCUGAAGUCUCCCUUCCAGCAAUAAGAAACUGCUUCCUUCCCUACAGCUAGAAAACUCCUUUCUCUGGCAGUUGGGGGUUUGGAGAUGUACAGACAACAUUUUUAGGUGAUUCAAAGCAAUUAAUAGUCAGCAUAAAGGGCCUCGCUGCAGAUCACCUCCCUGAGAGAUUGCUGAAAUUGUUUUAAUGAGACAGAGCUUAAGGAUACAGACGGGACAGACUCCUCUCUAAGUUCUGCACAUCCAGGAUUUACGAUGCAUAGGAGCAAACAUUACAGCAAAGGUGAACUGAAAUCUGUAGGUGAGCACAAACUAGAAGAGACCUUUAAUAACAGUUCCUCCUAGUUCUCGUAAUCAAAGUCAGUAAUCAUUUCAGCUGCAGUAUUUCUCUCUGAAACACUGAUGCUGUUCAAGUGCCCGCUUGCUUUACGUCCAGUGCGAUUACAUAGAAGUUACCCUGACUGCUAAAAGAUGCUCCUUAUUUAGUGGAACAAAUACUUUAUUUUUGAGCAGCCUGUACUACAUUAAGCAGGGAGGGAAGGCAGUGCCUAGCCUCUUAAAAAAAUUAAUGCUAAAACUCGGCUCUUGAGCGGUUGUUCAGGCUGUACCUACGGCUUGCUGCUCUGAGCGUUAGGGAGCACCUGCACAGGUAAAAGGCAAUGGCCAUUCUGGAGCAGGAAAGGGUGAAGACAGUUGAAGAUUUUUAUGUGACAGGGGAGAACACUUUUACAUUAGAAAUUCAUUUUGGAUCAAAAGAUUCUGGUAACUGGGGAACUAUCGAAGAUAUGGCAAGAGCCUUGUGAAAGAACAGAGUGGGACUGGACUUCAGCUGUUUAAAGCUCUUUCGGUUUGCAAUGGCAGCUUUGCUGAGGAUUCGGGGUGAGCCCCAAACACAAAGCCCAGCAGGAGAUACUUCUGCAAAACCCGAGAUGCCAU